UUGUGUUGUUGUGUUGUACUGGAUUUACCUACAGCCCUCUGCUGAUUUGAAGACACGCAAGUGAUGUUGCAACGAUCAAAGAGGCGUCUUCCUUGUGUCUGAUGGGUCUGCUGACACCACAACGCCAGUAAUGAUAACAGUCUGGGAUUGAUCUGUCCCAUUUUAGAACUCGUCAAUGUGACAGUUCUAGUGUUGUUAUACAAGUUGGUCAAUAUGGAUCAAUCUCCUUUGUCCUCCAAUGAAGAGGAGGAUACCCAACGGUUGGUGGAUCAAAGUGCCCGCUCCAAAGAGACCAAAUGGUACACGAGUGCGCGGUAUGUGCUGGUAUUCAUGGCGUGUUUGGGCUUUGCCAAUGUGUACGCCAUGAGGGUCAACCUUUCGGUGGCUAUUGUCUCUAUGGUGAACCAAACGGCAAUUAACCAGAAUAACACGAAUGACGACAACAGCACGGAUGUCUGUCCAGUACCUGUCAUCCAAAAUACAACCAUAAUCACGCCCACCGAUGGCCCAUUUGAUUGGGAUGAAGCCAAACAAGGCUUGGUUCUGGGAUCAUUUUUCUACGGAUACGUAGUGACUCAAUAUCCCGGAGGCCGUUUGGCUGAGCACUUUGGUGCCAAGUGGAUUUUUGGCAUAGGAAUUCUGGUGACCUCCGUUUUCACGAUCCUAACUCCAAUAGCGGCCAAGACCAACUUUGCUCUACUCAUCACAGUUCGGAUCAUUGAAGGUUUAGGGGAAGGCGUGACCUUUCCGGUGAUGCUUGCUCUCCUAUCCAAAUGGGCUCCACCCAACGAGAGAAGUAUUAUGACAAGUCUCUCGUACGGAGGAGCCGCGUUGGGGACAAUUUUGGCCAUGCCAUUGACAGGGAUCGUCUGUGAAUAUCUGGGUUGGGAGGCGGUGUUUUACAUCUUCGGGGCUGUAGGCGUGCUGUGGUUUGUGUUUUGGUGUUUUCUGGUUUAUGACUCGCCGGAAGGCCACCCCAGGAUCAAUGAAGACGAAAAGAUCUACAUCUUGAGCUCCCUUGACCAGGACCCCACAGUUGGUUCUGGUGAAAGAAAUACGACAACUCCAUCUGUGCCCUGGAAAGAGCUUCUAACUAGUGGUCCAUUCUACGCGAUUCUUGUGACUCAUGUGUGUCAAAGCUUUGGCUACUACGUACUUCUGACCGAACUACCUACCUACAUGAGCAACAUCCUCCGAUUCGACAUCAAAUCUAAUGCCUUACUUUCGGCCGUUCCGUACAUUUUUGCAUGGUUAAUUUCCAUUGCUUGCCCUAUUUUGGCAGAUAUUUUGAUCCGCAGGGAAAUUCUAACACGAACCGCGGCCAGAAAAGUAUUUAACACUAUCGCGACUGUUGGCCCUGGCUUGUCGUUGAUUGGGGCUGCGUACUCUGGUUGUAACUACAUCUUGACAAUUGCAUUGUUGACUUUGGCGGUGGGUUCAAAUGGAGCCAUUUACACUGGUGAACAAUCCAACAUUCUUGACAUCGCACCAAAUUUCGCUGGAACUAUCAUGGGCAUCACUAACACCAUCUCGAACUUUACAGGAUUUCUUGCACCCCAGCUGACUGGUCUCAUAAUCAACCACAAUGAAACCCUAUCCUCAUGGAGACUGGUCUUUUUCCUAGCCGCAGGGAUCAACAUUCUUGGCGAUGUGAUUUACGUCGUUUUUGGAAGUGCUAACGAGCAGCCCUGGAACAACCCAAGACAACUUCUCUCGUGAUGCUGAAAAUGAUGAUUGUCGUUCAAGAAUAAUGUGUCACCAACGUCACCGUCCCAACUUCGUCCCCUAGCUAUCAAAUCAUGUUUUCUUCGACUCAAGACCAUCCACAAGGGCUCAAAAAGAAGUGUUAUUUCUGCCUGCUGUGAUAUUUACUCCCAACUUGUUCAAGUUCGAAUGCAUUGUACUUCUUUCUUCUUUUACCACCUCCCCACACGAUAGAACGUAAACGGCAAUAAAGAUUAAACAUAUGAAUAUUUGAAUACAAUCACCAA